AUGUCUAAAGCUACAGACUUCCCCAUAGUGUAUGUUAAGAAUCUUCCAUAUAAUACAUCUACUGAAUCCUUAUACCAAUUGUUUGGUGAACAUGGAGCCAUAAAUCAAAUCCGAGUAUCUAAUCAAGAGCAUACUGGUGAUUGUUUUAUUGUAUAUCAGAAUUUAGCUAGUGCAACUAAAGUAGUUAAAGAAUUGAAUGGAAUCAAUUUCAAUGGUAGAUAUAUAGUUCUAUCGCUUUAUUCUGUUGAUAAAUCUAAACUUGCAGAAGAAGACUAUGUUAUACGACGUGAAGAGUUGGAGAGAUUAAAAGAAAAGUAUCAAAUUAGUUAG